AUGGCUACUGUGAUGCUGGAGCAUCAUGUGGCUUUUGCCACCUCCCUCACAGCAAAAAGGUUCGUCUCAACAAACACCAGCGUCAGUUCCUGCAGUCUCUCGAUGCAGGCGACAUCUUCGGCGGAGCGAUGGCGGGUGUUGUUCGUUGAAGAGUUAAAGAAAGCCGUGGAGAAGUCGGAGAGGGAAGGAUCAAUCUCGGUCGCCUGCAAGAAGCAGUCACGACAGGUGCAGUUGACACGUGUCUUGGAGAGGAUGACGACCACAGCACUUCUCGAGUUGUUGGCAACGUGCCUCCCCAGCGAGAUCUUUCGCCUCUACGAGGCCGCACGAGGUGAGGGACCGCUGCUGCAUGACAUAGGAAGCGGUCCCGUGAUGCUCCUCUUUCCACUGUGA